GGUACAGGAAGCUGCCAUUGUAAACUUGGUCUUGGAGAAUAAUUAAAUCAGAUUAAGAGAAAUUCAAAGCAACAUCAUCCAAGACAACACCAUAUUCACCAACAUUCAACGAGUCAGUCUGUCCACAUUGGCUCGCAUUCUCAAGCGAAACCAAAUCAGCCUGAAACAAUUGUAUAAGGUGCCUUUUGAGAGAAACUCUCAAAGAAACAAAGAGCUCAGACGAGUAUAUGUGGAUGGAGUACUGGAAAUGGAUGCUCAUGCAAUCCCACAUGAGUUCAUCUUCAUAGAUGAGGCUGGUUUCAACCUAGCAAAGACCAGAAGAAGGGGAAGAAACGUCAUUGGCCACAGAGCCAUUAUAGAUGUUCCUGGCCAACGUGAUGAGAACAUCAAAAUGUGCACUGCCAUCUCCAAUAUGCAUGGUGUCCUCCACCAUCAUGCCAACCUUGGACCAUACAACACAGGCCAUAUUCUAACAUUUCUGGACAGACUCCAUAACAUUGUCAUUCCACCAGAGCGUAUGAAUGAUGCAGACCAUGCAAGAACCCGGUAUGUUGUAGUAUGGGACAACGUGAGCUUUCAUCAUGCAGCCCCAGUCCAAAAUUGGUUUGCUGACCAGCCACUGUUUCUCGUGCAAUACCUCCCACCAUUCUCACCAUUUCUGAACCCCAUAGAAGAGUUCUUUUCGCCAAGGUGGUGGAAGGUAUACGACCGGCAGCCCUAUGUGCACAUGCCUCUUGUGCAGGCUAUGGAAGAGGCAUGUGAUGAAAUUGAUGUGGGUGCGAUUCAGGGAUGGAUAAGGCACUCAAGGCGCUUCUUCCCUCAAUGUCCGGCAAGGGAAGAUAUUACCUGUGAUGUGGACGAGGCAUUGUGGCCAGACCGAGCUAAGAGGCAAGAUGCUGCCUAAUUAUUUUUCUUGCCUCUUUUUUUUCUAUAUAUUUCUUCUGCACAUUUUCUUUUUCAGUUUACUGUUUUUUCUGAGCAUAUUUUUGUUCGCUCCAAUGUAAAUAUAUCUACUGUGCAUAUGUUGCACUGACUUGUUUGGUGAAAAAUAAAAUAAUAAAUGCAUGUGUGUGUAUCUGCAAAUAUUUCUGUGCAUGUGAACACUCUAAUUUUCUACAAUUUGGACUAUUUUAGUAUUGUGGCAGAGCAUACUAAAGAUGAGAGUGCUUUUCA